AUGAUCCGCGACCCUUUCAACAUCCACGGCAGAAACGCGCUCAAAGCCACCGUCUUCCGCGCCGCCCAAGACGUCAAGGACAAGGCGGCCCAGGUCGGCGCCAGCGCCCUCGACAUGUCCUUCUCGAUCCCUAACAACGUGCCUAACUUCGCGGCCCCGCACCGAGACCUGGAAGACCGAGCUUGGGCGGCCGUCGCGAGGCGAGGGGCUUCCGCCGGGGGUAUCAUCAGCGAUGUGCAGGGCAAGGUCGCCGGUUACUUCGAGCAGGAUGAGCUUCCCAUGUACAAGGACAAGCCGUACGGGUACGCGCCAUCGAUGCGGAGGCGGCGCUGGUGGCGACGGAAGCGCGUCCUGAGCUCCAUUGCCCUCGCCGUCGUGGGCCUGCUUUGGCUGACGGGCUUCUUCUCCCACGCCAAGGAGCGAAAGUCGACUUCUGCGUGGUCAUGGAUAGGUAUAAACAACGAGAGAGGCAAGCCGAAUUGGGACGAGAGGCGGCAGCAUGUGGUGGAGGCGUUCGAGCUCAGCUGGGACGCCUACGAGCGUUAUGCUUGGGGAUACGACGAGUACCGCCCUUUCUCGAAAAGCGGCAAAAACAUGGCCCCCAAGGGUCUUGGCUGGAUCAUUGUCGACUCGCUGGACACACUGAUUCUCAUGAACCAAACGACGCGACUGCACCACGCUCGACAAUGGCUCUCCAAGUCCUUGACGUGGGACCAGGAUCAAGACGUCAACACAUUCGAAACGACGAUACGAAUGCUUGGAGGGCUGCUGUCUGCGCAUUACCUCUCCACCGAGUUUCCGAACAUGGCGCCCCUCAAGGAGGAUGACCCGGGCAUGCCGGGCGAGGACCUGUACCUCGAAAAGGCCAGGGAUCUCGGCGACCGGCUGAUGGCUGCUUUCGAAACCCAGUCGGGGGUGCCGUAUGCCAGCGUCAACCUCGCCAAAUAUCAGGGCAUUCCCUCACACGCCGAUAUGGGGGCGUCGUCGACGGCGGAGGCGACCAGCGUGCAACUUGAGUUUAAGUACCUCGCCAAGCUUACCGGCGAAAAGCACUUCUGGGACAAGGCCGAAAAGGUCAUGGAGGUCAUCGAUGACAACAACCCCACCGACGGACUGGUACCCAUUUACAUCUACGCCACAAGCGGCGAGUUUAGAGGCGAGAAUAUACGCCUGGGCAGCCGUGGCGACUCCUACUACGAAUACCUGAUCAAACAGUAUUUGCAGACCAACAAGCAGGAGCCAGUAUAUGCGGACAUGUGGAACGAGUCCCUAGAAGGAGUACGAAAGCAUCUCAUCACAUACACUGAACCAUCGGGGUUCACCAUCAUCGGCGAGCGUCCCGAGGGCUUGGGAGGAAACCUCUCGCCCAAAAUGGACCACCUGGUGUGUUUCAUGCCUGGCACCAUUGCGCUGGCUGCCACGGGCGGUCUCUCGGAAGCGGAGGCGCGCCAGCUGCCGACCUGGGGCAAGAAGCAGGAGGCCGACAUGAAGCUCGCGCGGGAGCUGACGCAGACAUGUUGGGGCAUGUAUAAGUUUAUGGCGACGGGCCUUGCAGCAGAGAUUACUCACUUUCAUAUUGCCGAUCCGCCUCUGCCGGAGUCGGCGCAUCACGAUCCGCCACCCACGUUCGACUCAGACCCGCAAGCCAGCUGGCGGGACGAUUUCUCUGUCAAGUCAAACGACGUACAUAACCUGCAGCGACCAGAAACGGUGGAGAGCCUCUUCUACAUGUGGAGGAUCACCAAGGACGAGAGGUAUCGAGAGUGGGGAUGGGAGAUGUUCCGCUCGUUCAUGAACUACACCGCGGUGGCAGACGGAGGAGGCUUUACGAGCCUGAGCAACGCAAACGUGAUCCCUCCCGUAAUCAAGGAUAACAUGGAGAGCUUCUGGCUGGCCGAGACGCUAAAGUAUUUGUACUUGCUGUUUUCCCCCGACGAUGUGCUGCCGUUGGAUAAGGUGGUGCUCAACACGGAGGCGCACCCGCUGCCGAGAUUCGACAUGGGCGGCCUAUUCUCGACAGGAUGGAAGCGCAAGCCCCGGGGCCCCGACGGGAAGGUUAUUGGGGGACGGACUGAAGCGAAGUCGACGUCCCACUAA